AAUAAAAAUUCAUGUUAACUAAAAAUCAUACGAAUGAAUAGAAAAACAACAGCAAAAAACAAAAUCAAAUACUUUGAGUGCUUAUGUGCUGCAAAACAUUUAUCGAGUUUGAAAACUAAUGCAAGAAAAUGCUGCAAUUCUUAAUGUUUAAAAUAUUGCACAAGAAAUACAAAAUUAAUUGAGUGCACGACAGAGAGAAAGAGAGAGCAAGAGAAGAACAAUACGAAAUCGUAAUCGAGUCAAAGCAGGACAACAAAGUCCCAAAAAAAACGAAACACUGCACAACAAAAAUCGAAUUCAACCAACCAAAAAUCAGAUAACAAAAAUCAACGUAUAUCCACACACAAACGCACACUCGCACCCACACACACACACACACAUACAUAGUCAGCAUGGCUGUGCCCUUUCAUCUGCCGGUGGAGGAGAGAGAUGACAUUGCCUCGAGUUCGUCGGGCACCUCGAAUUCGUCGAGCGCAUCGACAUCAUCGGGCGCCUCCUCGUCGUCGGGCGCCUCAGAUGGCGCCAGCAGCAUCGCCUCCCAGUCACCCAAUACAACCAGCUCGGCCACGCAGACGCCGAUGCAGUCGCCGCUGCCCACGGACCAGGUUCUAAUCGCCCUCUGCGAGUGGUAUCAGCAGCAUCAGCGACACUACAUCAACAGUGCCAAUGCCACGGCGCCGCACAUCUUUCAGUAUCCGCCGCCGCCGAGCCCCUCCUGCUCGAUGGCCCAGUCGCCCAGCUAUACGGGCGGCGAUAUAUUCUUUGCCCAUGGCGUUUACGUGCCAUCACCGCCGCAGCACCACCAACAGCACCACCAGCAGCACCACCAACAGCAACCGCCUCGCACACCGCACACCAACUUGAGCUUUGCGGGCGGGGAGGAGCUGAGCUUCUUCCGGCAGCCGUAUCCGGCGCCGACAACGCCGCAGCCAAUGCCACAGCAACCGCAGCCGACGCCGCAGUCGGCGCCGCCGGUGCACUAUAGCCACAGCUAUCCGCAGGUCUCGCACAUGCUGCAGCACCAUCCAGCCGCCUCCUACGGCCACCCGCUGCCGGCUGGCGCCUACUACGCCACCUAUACGCCGCCACCCACGCCGAAUACGGCGAAUGCCUCCACGUCGACGGGCGCGGCUGGGGCAACGGCUGUGCCCUUCGGCCGCUACGGCGUCCAUGGCCCAAUCAUGGCAUCGACACCCUUGGCGCCAGGCGGACCCAAGAUGCGUCUGCAGCGCAGCCAAUCGGAUGCGGCCAGACGCAAACGGCUGACCUCAACGGGCGAGGAUGAGCGCGAGUAUCAGAGCGAUCAUGAGACCAGCUGGGACGAGUUUGACGAUCGCUAUGACAACUUUACGGCCGGACGCGAGCGUCUCCAGGAGUUCUGUGGACGCAUACCGCCGCGCAAGAAGAAGACCAACUCGAGUUCGGGCAACAACAAUGCGAAUCCAUGCAGCAGCAGCAGCAACAGCAACAACAGCAGCGGCAGCGCCAAUGAGAGCAACUACAGCCAGCAGCCGGACAAGGAGAAGGAGCAACAGAGCUUCACUUGGCCCACAGUUUUCACCGUCUUUGUGCUCGCCGUGGGCUGGGGCCUGUAUGCAGCGCGAUGAAGCAACAACAACAACAAGCAUCUCUAAUAAUCUAUAUAUCUAUAUAUAUAUACUUAAAGCAACAACAGUUUAAUCUAUAGUGAAAUCAGCGAACGCAUAGCAAGCCCGCAUACAUAAAUAU